GAAUAUGUGCGACUUAUCAGACCCGAUACAAUUUCCAUGACAGGCACAUGCGAUGAUUAUUCGAUUGGCCACUACAAGAUUCCUGAUACUCCAUUGAUCUUAACAACACCUGCAAUGGAUCUGACCGAUCUUCAUCCAGAGGGGGUGCCAGAGAGGUCACCUCGUGAUUAGCACCAGUUGACAACGGCCGCGCAACAGGGUCCAGGUCGUAUUGUAUCUAAGCCUUCAUCUCCCGCUUCAAACACCGGGAGACCGCUGCAUCCGAAAGGAACUCGACCAGCGAUUUUCCGAAAUGCAGCACACCCAGCGCUCCCGCGCGAAAUCCGUCAUCGCCCUCGCCCUCGAGGCCUAUCUGGCCGACCACCCCGAAGCCAAGCAGCUCAACGCAGCCCCCCAACUUGACGACCACUUCUCCGAUUACGCCACCUACCAGAUCCGCCUCUUCCUCUUCGCCGGAAACGACACCACCUCCAGCACCAUCGUCUACGUCUACCACAUGCUAUCAAAACACCCCGACGCCCUAGACCAGGUCCGCCAGGAACACAACCGAGUCUUCGGACCCGACCUCUCCACCACCGCAUCCCUCCUCAAAGCCACCCCCGCCCUCCUCAACCAGUGUCGUGUUUCUCUGGCGAGGUAGAGAGAAAUUCAAGGGAGGGUAGGGGGUGGUCUGUGCGGACCUGUCAGAUUUAGCGCUAUCACAUCACACGGACAUCUGGAUAACUACCUA